AUGAAGCUCCCCGAGCCUAAGGUCGCUCUGGAGAACAUAUGUUCAGUCAUCCACAACAACACUCUCUACACGUACGCUGCUGGUGCUUUUCAGUCACUGGCACUCGAAGAAGGCGCCAAAUGGAAGACGUUGUCGCAGGGCGAAUCAGUAACAGGAGCUGUUUGCGUGGGCUCAACCCCCAAAGAUGCCAGCCAGGCUGGCUUGUACAUUGUUGGAGGUAAGGGGACGUCAGACAACUAUCGCGGCCUGCAAAAGUUCACCUACGCGACCGGUAAAUGGGAAUCCAUCUCACCGCAGGACCCUGUCACCCAGAACCGAUUGCUUCAUGGAGCCACGUACCUCCCUGGCACUGACCAGAUUGUCAUGUACGGCGGCAGCCAGGAUGGGUACUCAGGGCCCUCGACGCAAACCUUUGUAGUCGGAGCGUCCGCGCCUUACAACACCCGAGCCUUCUCAUCAACCGCACCGCCUGUCGUGAACCCCAUGCUGUUGCAGUGGUCCGAUACUCAGGCGGUCCUGGUCGGAGGUAGCACCACCAACAACAAGAUCAUGAUCUUCAGUCCCGACACUGUUUGGACCGACUCGGGCGCGACGCUCGCGGAACCUUUGACAAAGGACACGACAGCGAUGAAGGCCGCCAUUAUAAACGGAGACGAUGGUAGCAAGAGCUUGUACACCUUCGACCUUUCAACGACACCGAACGAGGUCAAGCGAAUGGUUCUCGUCGACGCCUCGGGCGCCCCUGUUGUCAACUCCGCCGCGGUUUCGAAGAAGUCGAAGAGAGACACGGCUGGCAAGUUCGAGAAGCGGGCUCUGACCCUCAGUGACUGGCCCGCUUACAACAGCACAUUGGCACCCACUGGCACGCGCCUCAACUACGCCGUUGCUCAGGAUUCCGAUGGGCUCGUCGUCUUUUCAGGUGGAUCGGGAUCUGUUAACGAUCCUCUCUGCAUGUUCAACGCGCGCGAGAACAGCUGGGAGGAUGCCUCCCAGAAGCUGAACGCGCAGGAGGUUCUCAUCACCAGCGAAUCAACGAGCUCGGCCAGCAGCACUACCGCGACCUCGACUGUCAGCAGCUCGAGCUCGUCGGCGACCUCAUUUUCUACUCUGCCUGCGUCUAUCAGCGCCUCCGCCUCCGCCUCAUCGUCAGCUAGCUCCGAGACCGCCGCAGCCGGCGCCCCGGCUGCAGUUGGUGCCAACGCCAUCCUUGGCAUUGUUCUUGGCACCAUCACCGGCAUUAUGCUUCUCCUCGGCCUGAUCCUGUUCUGCAUCCGACGUCGUCGCGGCAAGAACAACCAACAGAACGUCGAGGGUGGCCAAAACGCUAGGGGCAUGAGCCCGAGAGGCUUCCCUGACGAGAAGGCCGGACUUGGGUACGGCAACGACGAUUUUGGCCCUGGCCCUGAUGGCCACUUUCGUGGCCACCAGCAGCAAGACUCGGCGGGCUCCUUCUCUUCCAUGGCUAUUCUGAUGGGCAAAGUCAACGGCAACAACGCGCCAAAGUCUGCUGGUGUCGCGCACAGCGGUAGCAACCGCGAUACUUCAAACAGCUUCUUCAAGAGCACCAUUGGCAAGCCUAUGCCCCAGAUGAACGAGCAGUCGGCCCUCUCACCGCCAUCUCGCGAUGAGAAGGGCGUCUCGUUCGCUGCUGAUGUUGUCGAGCCCCGCCCGACUCCCCGAGGAGCUCCCGUCGGCCGUGCCGGUGAGACGCGCAGAAGCUCAGGCUGGAACCGAUACUGGUCCGGAGGCAGCGCGCUCAACAUCCUUGGAUUCGGUAACUCGAAGCGGACAACGGUCGACUCGGACCGAAGCUCUCACUACUCGAACUCGAACCAAAAGAACCGGAUAACGCAGGACUCUGCCACCGUCCCUCCCCUCCACCUCAUCACCCAGGACUUGUCCACUGUCCCGCCCAUUCAGCACGAUGGCCGGCCAGAACUCAGCCGCGUCGUCUCGGGCAGUCCAACUGUGUCAAACUACUCGAACCAGAUUCCUUUCCGGGACGGUGUGUCUGCCAAGAUCGAAUCCCCCCGAAGACCUACCUCGGACGCUUCCUCUGGAUACUCGAGUGGCAUUCCUGAGAGUGUUCGCGACACGUGGGACCCUACUGGUCCCUCGAGGCCCUGGGGUGCUGAUCGUGCGCCGAGCAGUGUGUACGCCGAAAGCCUCUAUCCUACUUCGCUGGCGCCUAGCAUGCCGUACAGGCAAACCCAAACCGACAUGCCGAUUGGCGUCAGCCAGCAGCCCCCUCUCGCAAUGGCUUCCACGUCGUCAGACAUGAGCUGGCUCAACCUCGGUGAGAUCAACAAGCAAAACCAACGCUAG